AUGGCAGACGAAUCCACAAAGAUCCCGGUCUCCGCCUCCGAGGCCCGCCGGCUCGUCGAGGACAUACUCAAGGGCAACGGUGUGCCCGCCGAGAACGCCGCCGUCGUCGCCCGCUGCCUCGUCGCCGCCGACCUCCGCGGCGUCGACACGCACGGCAUGAACCGCGUCCCCUCCUACAUGGAGCGCGUCCGCCAGGGCGUCCUCGACCCCGCCGCCCAGCCCGAGCUCCGGCAGGUCACCCCCGUCGUCGCCCACGUCGACGGCAAGAACGGCUUCGGUUUCGUCGCGACGCGCAUCGGCAUGGCGGCCGCCAUCGAGUCGGCCAAGACGUUCGGCAUCGGCAUGGCGAGCGUGUCGCACUCGAACCACUUCGGCAUGGCCGCCUGGGUCGUCCAGCAGGCGCUCGACGCCGACAUGAUGAGCCUGGUCUUCACCAACUCGAGCCCCGCGCUGCCGGUCUGGGGCGGCAAGAGCAAGCUCAUGGGCGUCUCGCCCAUCGCCUGCGGCGCGCCCGGGAAGGACAAGCCCUUCAUCCUCGACAUGGCCCCGUCGGUGGCGGCCAGGGGCAAGAUCUACAAGGCCAAGAGGCGCGGCGAGAAGAUCCCCCUCGACUGGGCCCUCGACGCCGACGGCCGCCCGACGGACGACCCGUCUGCCGCCCUGGAGGGCGUCAUGCUGCCCAUGGGCGGCCCCAAGGGCUCGGCGCUGUCUAUCAUGAUGGAUGUCUUCUCCGGCGUCCUCUCCGGCUCGGCCUUCGCGGGCCACGUGACGAACCCGUACGACCCCUCGAAGCCCGCCGACGUCGGCCACUUCCUGGUCGCCGUCAAGCCGGACCUCUUCAUGAGCCUGGACGACUUCCGCGAGAGGAUGGACUACUUGUACCAGCGCGUCGUGGGCUCGGACAAGGCGGCCGGGGUCGACAGGAUUUAUUUCCCCGGCGAGAUUGAGCAGUUGAAUCAGCAGGACCGGGAGAAGAACGGGAUUCCACUGGUGCAGGCAGAGAUUGACGCCCUGAACGCAGAAGCUGUGAGAGUUGGUGCGCAGCCUCUGACAACACUGGCGAGUAGUUGA